AUGGGUUCAACAACAGUAGCUUUGCAUAACAUGCUAGUUAUAGAUUUUUCUAACAAAGAUUUGAAACUAGGUUCACACGUGUGGGCUUCCACGUGUGGCCAAAUUCGAUUUGGACUUGAAGAGUAUGGUUGUUUCAUAGCCAAAUAUGAUGAAAUAUUGUCUAAUAAUGAAGUUGAUACACAAAUCUUUUGUAAAUCUAAGGAUCUUUUCGAUCUCCCAAUUGAGACGAAAAUGAAGAACAAUAGUGAGGAACCAUUUCGUGGCUAUAUUGGCCAAAUCCCUCAAGCUCCACUCUAUGAAGGUUUAGCCAUUGAUAGAGCAACAAGUCUAGAGGAAGUGAGGAAGUUCGUCGAUCUUAUGUGGCCAAAUGGCAACGAUCACUUUUGUGAUAUUGUUCAUUUAUAUGCAAAGCAGUUAGCCUCAUUAGAUGAGAUGGCUACAAAAAUGGUGUUUGAAAGCUAUGGAGUGGAGAAACAUUGGGAAACAGUUAAGGUUGUUCGCAAUCAUGUUCUUCGAUUUUUGAAAUAUACUGAACCUGAUCAAGACUCUAGUACUGUUAUCAGGUUUGCUGCCCAUAGAGAUUUAAAUUUCACAACAAUACUUCAUCAGACCCAGGUCGGUGGUCUUCAAGUCCAAGCCAGAGAUGGCACCUGGAUCAAUGUUCACCCCAAACCUUCUCAAUUUCUCUUCUUGGCUGGCGACAUGAUGAAGGCUUGGAGCAAUGACAGAAUAAGAGCUUGCUACCAUCAAGUUAGCCUUUCUGCUACACAUGGGGAGAGAUACUCAAUGGGAAUGUUUACAUUCACAGAUGGAGAAAUAAAAGUGCCAGAAAAAUUUGUGGAUGACAGACAUCCAUUACUCUAUAAGUCAUUUGAUAAUCGCAAAUAUGUUCGCUUUUAUGUCACAGAUGAGGCCAAGAAGACCAAAGAUCCAAUCAAAGCCUUUUGUGGUGUUUGA